UUAAAAACGGGUUUCCGUGGGUACGUUGAGUAUUAUUUUAUUGGCAUUACGCUCCUCACCAUCUCAACGUUAACAACCACGCCGAUCACAUUUGCUAUCACUACUUUCGUUAAACCUUGCAUGCCACCUGCGUUCCUCACCAUGGCAACGUUUCCAUGCAAGGAUUGGAACGACACGUCCGGACCUUUCUUAGAAAGAAUUAUACAAGCCUUCGUCGCCGCCUAUACAGGUCGUCUUGUCCCCAGCACACCAGUAUUUGGCUUAAUUGCCCUUCUGCUUGCAGUUGAAGUACAACUUCUGCUCUUAAAUGGAUUAAAAAGGGAUCUGGGUUCUGAAGAAUACUUCCGCAGGAUGUCACUUCUUCAAUAUAGAGAACUCCAAUUGUUAUCUCGCUUACUAAAAAAUUUCUGCAUAGACCCAAUGAUGCAGGCCAUUAUUGGUGGCACAAUCCUGCUGACUAGUGCAUCCCUAUAUAUCAUCCUGACGUCCACUGACCAGAUCCCGUUGCCUGUUUUGAUACUAUUUUAUUUCAUGGCCUUCGAUUGUUUCGUAUUGAUUCUAUUUCUCUUCAAACGUUGGUCCUUCCCGUAUACAAGAUCUGAAGAAUUUAUCAAGACAGCAAGGCAAGGAUUAAAGAAGAUGUCGAGAUGGGAAGAGAAAUAUAUUGCGUCAUGCUCGCCUUUAAAAGUUGAAUCUGGGAAUGACACAUUUGUAGAUAGAUCAACGUCACUCCUAAUAUCAAGGAUUGUUUUGGAUCAGCUAGUCACAUUUUUGUUGCUUUAAGCUACAUUCUUCAACGCAUACAUGUCAAAAGAAUAAUGUUUCAGUAGAAAUUAAUUCACA